AUGGCAGAUGAGGACCUUAUUUUUCGUAUCGAAGGGAUUGAUAAUGCUGGAUCGAUUACAGCGAACUCUGGAAAUUAUCUUGAUGCUGAUAGUGAUGAUGAAGACAAUUAUUUUAUCUGUCCAAUAACUGAUGAUCCAGUUUCUAACAAGUCUGCUAGUAACAAAGUUGACAAUUAUUAUAGGAACUUAGCAAAAACUGAACAGUACAGUUCAAGCUCUUCUCCUAGAAACUCUUUUAGCUUUAAGAAUGACACACAGCAUCGUUCUAAGCACGGCUCUGUGGUUGACCAUAGUCGGGAAACCUGGAAACAUGCCAUUCAGAAAGCUAAGCACAUGCCUGAUCCAUGGGCAGAGUUCCAUCUUGAGGACAUUGAGACGGAACAAGCCACUCGUUACAGGUACAAUGCAGUUACUAGAGACUGGGUUGAAGAUGAAGUCCUCAUCAAGAUGGCUUCACAACCUUUUGGCCGUGGAGCAAUGCGAGAGUGUUUCAGAACGAAAAAGCUGUCCAACUUCUUACACACACAGAACUGGAAAGGUGCCUAUAACUAUGUUGCCAAGCAAUACAUAGAGAGUGUGAGCAGAGAUGUGUAUUUUGAGGAUGUCCGACUUCAGAUGGAAGCAAAACUCUGGGGAGAAGAGUAUAACCGGCACAAGCCACCAAAACAGGUGGAUAUAGUACAGACCUGUAUUAUCGAAAUGAAGAACAGACCUGGAAAGCCUCUUUUUCAUCUGGAACAUUACAUUGAGGGCAAAUACAUCAAAUACAACUCAAAUUCUGGAUUUGUGCGAGAUGACAACAUUCGUCUUACUCCGCAAGCCUUUAGUCACUUCACCUUUGAGCGCUCAGGACACCAACUCAUUAUUGUUGAUAUCCAGGGAGUUGGAGAUCUUUACACGGACCCUCAGAUCCAUACAGAGAACGGUACAGAUUUUGGGGACGGCAACCUAGGUGUUCGAGGUAUGGCCUUGUUCUUUCAUUCUCAUUUCUGCAACAAGAUUUGCAAAAGCAUGGGGCUUACACCAUUUGAUCUUUCAUCCAAAGAGAAAGAUGCCUUGGAUUGUAAUAAAAAAUUGCUUGAAUCUGCUCAGACAAUUCUCCGUGGCACAGAGGAAAAAUGUGGCAGCAGCCGGGUGAGAACAGUCUCUGGUAGCCGGCCUCCUCUGCUCUUCCGUCUGUCUGAAAACUCUGGAGAUGAAAGCAUGAGUGAUGUAGCAUUUGACUCUCUACCCUGCUCUCCUUCCUCAGCAACCCCUCACAGCCAAAAGGCGGACAUGCUUAAUUGGCCUGUGUUCAAUGAAGUAGAUAACUUGGUUCACAAAGACUAUGAUCAGCUUGAUAAUCAAAGGGAUUUUGAAAAUGGUGGAGACAGUGGAUAUCCCAGUGAAAAGAGAAGUGAGCUAGAAGAUCUGGAUCAUAGAGAGAGGGGCCCUUCAAACAACAACCGAAGACAUGAAUCUGAUGAAGACAGUUUGGGAAGCUCUGCAAGG